AUGCCAGCAACGUACACAAAGGAGGACACAAUCACAGACGCAGAGGCCGUCAAGAAGGCAUACAAGCCCACACACCCAGGACUCUUCGAAGUCGUCUACGCCGAAGGAUCUUUCAACUCUGAACUCGUCGCCUCCAAGGACUACAAGAAGGACGAGGUUAUUGUUGUUGUUGAGGGGACGACACCAGGGCCCAAGAAGUAUACCUCUGUCCAGGUGUCUAGGGAUCUUCAUAUCGAGCUCAACUCUGACCUCGUCUUUUUGAAUCACUCUUGCGACCCAUCGGUCUCUCUCGACACGGACAAGAUGCAACUCAUCGCUAACAGGGACAUUAAGAAAGGAGGACCAUUGACAUUCUUCUACCCAUCAAGCGAAUGGGAGAUGGACCAGUCCUUUCCCUGCUGGUGUGGUGCCGAGAAGUGCUCCAAGAGCAUCCAGGGCGCAAAAUACCUUUCCGCCGAAACCAUGGAUCGGUACUAUGUCACCUCGCAUAUCCGGGAACUGUUGAACGAGCGCGGUCCGGAGGCUGCUGUUGCUCCUCCCAAGAAGACAACGUAA